AUGAUCAGCAAUAGUGAAGGUUGCUGCAUAUCCAUGGUUGUUGAUCACGGACAAUUUAUAUAUCAUUCUCAAGCAUCUGAGGUUGACCUGAUUGAUAAUUUAUUGAGAGUUUCAGAUGGAUGCUCUUUCUCUCCACCAAGUAUCUAUCCUGAGAUUGAAGACUCGGAAUUAGCAUGCGCUGUACAAAUGACAAGCAUUGUACAAGUUAGCAUCUCUCACAAGUUUUCAUACAAGUUUAAGAAGAAUAACAAAGAGAAGAUCAUUGCAUAUUGCAAGGUGGAGGGCUGUGAAUGGAACAUUGCAGCAUAUUCAAUAGGGAAAGAUAAUGAGAUUUUAAGGGUUACAAAAUUCAACAAUGAUGACACCCAUAAUGAGCAAGACAACCUUAUUGUGUCACACCCGGCAAGGUCAAAAUUAACAUCAUCAAUCAUGGUUGAUGCUCUAAGGUCUAAUAUAGAUAAAGGUGCCAAUGAACUUGUAAGAGACUUGUAUAGAGAGUAUGGUGUGCGAUUGAGCUACAGUCAAGCCUAUAUGGGAAGAGAAAAAGCAUUGCGGGAAAUACAUGGUCGUGCAGAAGAUUCUUAUAGCAUAAUUCCUUGGAUUUGUGAUCGAUUAAUGGAAACUGAUCCGAUGACAGUUGCAAAAUGGAAUGCCUCAAAUAAUAGAUUUGAGAGGCUAUUCAUUGCUUAUGGAUGCUCUAUAUCUGGUUUUUUAGGAGGUUGUCGAGCCAUACUUUAUGCGGACGGAUGUCACCUAAGCAGUCCAUAUAAGGGAACAAUGCUGUCAGCAUGUACAUAUGACGCUGAUAAUGACUUAUUUUCGGUAGCAUAUGCCAUUGUUAGUAGGGAAACAUUAGAAGAUUGGUCUUGGUUUCUUCAAAAUGUCAAAGACAUAACAAGAUCAGUGGAAUUAACAAUUGUUUCUAAUCGAAAUAAUGCGAUUAUUGGUGCCGUGCAAGCUAUAUUUGGUAGUGGUGAGAGACAUGCAUUUUGCUACCGUCAUGUGAAGGAAAAUUUUAACACAGCAUUUACGAAAAUCAAUAGAGGUAAGACGUGUACCUCGAGCAAUAUAAAAGAUAAUGCAUUGAAAUUACUUGAUGCAAUUGCCUAUGCAAGGCAUGAGGCUGAAUUUAAUGUUGCAAUGGGGAAUCUAAGAUUGUUUUGUCCACAAUUGGCACAAUGGGUUGAAACCCAAGGGGAUGUACAUCAAUGGGCUCAAUGCAAGUUUGGAUAUAAACGAUGGAAUAAUAUCACAACUAAUCUUGCAGAAUCCUUUAAUGCUUGGAUUGUGAAAGAGAGAAAACACAAUGUUAAUGUCUUGAUUCAUGAGCAUAGAGAGAAAUUGGUAAAGAAGAUGGUCGCUAGCAAAGCGGCUAUGGGAAAUUGGAAACAUGGUGUCAAGCCUAACGUUGAGGCAAAAGUUAUGGAGCAAGUUGUGAGAGCUGAAAAUUUACACGCACAAAUUUAUAGAGAAAAUUUGAUCUCUAUGCAAACUAUAUCAGUUAAUGGACUAAUACACUUGAAUGUUGAUCUUGCAGCACGUACAUGCUCUUGUUUAGCAUGGCAAAUGAGUGGAAUACCUUGUGCACAUGCUUGUGUAGCAAUCAAGCUACUUCAUGGCAAUGUGUACAAUUUUGUGGAUGAAUGUUACAAGUUUACUGCUCAAGAACAGAUAUAUGCCACCAGUGUGAAGCCGAUAGCCACACAUGACUGUCCACAUCCAGAAGCAUUGACGGUGACAAAUUUAUUAACCGAAACCUUUUUGGAGCCACCAAUGACUAGAAGGCCUCUUGGUAGGCCAAAGAGUAAAAGAAGGGAAUCUCAAUUCCAAAACAAAAAGGUGUACCGUUGUGGAAUAUGCCAUGAGAUUGGUCAUACCUCCAAGACUUGCAAGAAUCCUAAUCCAUGCUAG